GCUCGACAUGACUAGACAGGUUUAGGGCUGAGCUGCUUUAGUUUGAAUCACAUUUCCAACAUGGAUGCUCCGGUGCUGGUCUGUGCUGUCACUCUGCUGACUACUCUGCAAAUGGCAUACUUUACCAGAAGAGUGGGAUAUUCACGGUUGGCUCAUAAGAUCAAGCCCCCUGCCACUACAGGGCAUCCGGAGUUUGAGAGGGCUUUCCGAGCACAUCAGAACUGCGUGGAGUUCUAUCCACUGUUCCUGGUGUCCAUGUGGAGCUGUGGAGUGUUCUUCAGUGAGCCCAUUGCCGCUGCUGGAGGCCUGGUCUUCAUCGUGGGACGCCUCCUCUACUUCAAUGGUUACAUCAGGGAGACCCACAAACGAUUGCCGGGCUUCUGGGUGUCCGUGGCUGUCUUCUUCUCCCUGUCUUUUCUGGGAAUGAUCGGAAUAGUGCAAGAGAUACUACACAAGUACUUCUACAUUUACAGCUGAGCAGACUGACUAUGGGUUGGUACGAAUAGAAAGACUAUGUGUUUUUCCUAAUUAGUCCUAGAUUGUAGAAAUGUAAUGUUAAGUCAAUAAUGCAACUUUGUAUGUAAGUUGUGCUGCAUAAAUUAGCCAAUAAAUGAAGG